AUGUCUUCUUUCUGUCCGGUGGCUCAGUCGACUGUCACCUUGUCGAACUCAAACCAAUGGAAUUGGGACGAAAGAUAUUACCUAGAAGAUGGAGAUUGCGUACUGCUGGCGGAAAACACUCUUUUCAAAAUUCCCAAGGCCUUGCUCGUCUGUCUAGAGAGACUAGCGUCCAAUGCUCCAGCUUUUCGGGCCAAGUUUGGUCAUCCAAAUGAUGCAGGGAGUGUCGCGCGCUUUUCGGACGAGAGUCCACUCGAGUUUCAUGAUUCCACUGAUGAUAUCCGUGCACUGUGUUGGGCACUGACUGCGUUCCCUGCUACAAUUGCGGCCCAAUGCUAUCCUUCAACAGUUCAGAUCGGGUGUAUCAUUUCCAUCUUUCAUGUGGGGCACAAGUAUCGAUUGGACAAAUUCGAAAAGUGGGCUGGGGAUCUGCUCACAAUAUAUAGUGCCAGGAACGACUGCGAGAAGGUGUUUGAAAGGUGCACCAUCGACCAAUUAAAAAAGGUCCUCUUCAUUGCCUCUCAUUCGACCUCGACUCCAACACUAGUUGCGGACAUCACAUCACUCUGGUUUGCCAAGCUCAGCAUGAACCCUGCCUUGUCUACCAAGGACGCACUCGAUUUCGCAGAACGCACUAACAACAGGACUAUACAAGGACGCAUAUAUUAUCUGGAAGUCGAGCGCAUGCUACUUCCAGAUUGCGCCUGGGAUUCGAUACCACCAAUCAUCCGAGUCACCCUCCCCAAGAACGAAUUCAGCGAUUCGCAAUCACUGCAGCUAUAUCGUGGCUUCUUUCUUCUGUCGGCCUACUGGGAAGGCCUCAAAACACCGGGAUUUUUGAAGGAUACCACACAGGGCCACCAAAAUACCUGCCUUAAAAAUUGGCAUUCUAUGUGGGAGCAUAGGGACAUGGCAGUCCUUGCUCCUCUCAAGCGGCUGCGCGCAUUUUACUCACCAAAAGAGGCCGACAAUACUGGUAUUAUUAGUUCUGAUUGCGAGUUCUGUGCCAAGCAUGCAAAUCACCUACACCAACAGCUUCUCGCUGAUUUUUUCCUCGGUCCUCCGACCGCUUCGGGUCCUGGACACUGUCCGGUCCUCAAACGCCACCACAAUCGCCAGGUAUUAUCAAUCGUCUUUUACAAGGAAUUUAACAUGUCAGAAGAACCCCCAGCAAAGCGUCCAAGGACGAGUACUGCGGCAACAUCUACAACCGCAAGCUCACAAAGGGACUGGAAGAGGGACGAGAAAUAUUAUCAGGAGGAGGGAGAUUGCGUGAUUCUUGUGGAUAAAACAUUGUUUAAGAUCCCAAGGAUCCUCUUAACCCGAGCAUCGUCGGUCUUUCAGGACAUGUUCACACUUCCACAUGAUCCGGGAGUCGACAUGGAGUCUCUUCAAGACGGUAAUCCGCUUAGACUUCAUGAUUCUGUUGAAGAUUUCCGUGCCCUGUGCUGGGCUUUAACGGCCUUUCCCGCAGAAAUAUCAGCACAAAACGACCCUUCCAAGGUUAAAAUACGUCGUCUUGUCUCUCUUUUCCAUAUCGCGAACAAGUACCAAUUCACCGAGUUCGAGACCUGGGCUGGCGACAUGCUCAAGCAGUUCAGCUCCUUGAACAUCAAAUACCGCCCCGUCUUCUCACAGUGCACGAUCGAAGACUUGAAACGAAUUUUGCUUGUGGGGAGAACGACUUCCAAUAAUCAGCUACUCGCAAAUUGUGCCAGGAAAUGGCUUGACCGACUUGAGAAUGACGCAAGUUUAUCCACGAAAGAAGCUCUCGACUUCGCGGAAACGAUCUCAUACCGUUAUUUCGAAGGCCACAUAUAUUACCAAGAAGUAAAACGCAUGAAAGUUCCCCUUCAUACUGUCGACCCAACGACCAUCGCCUUCCCUCAAAAUGGUUUCAGUGAAGCUCAGACUCUUCGCCUUUAUCGUGGAUUUUGGUUACUAUCUGCCUUCUGGGAGAGUCUUCGAAAGCCUCCGAUCCAACAGAAUGACCAACAAGACCACAAAACCAACUGCUUGCAGGAGUGGCAGGGUAUGUGGUCGCGCGACGAUCAAAACAACACUCUCCUUGAUCCUCUCAAAAUUCUCCUGACAUUUUCUCAAUCCAAAGACCAGGCUUUAAAUAGGUCAAGAGCUGGCGUCUGUGGGUGCAAGUUCAAACAACAUGCGGACACUAUAUACAGAAAGCUUUAUGCUGCGAUGGCGGAUUAUUUCCUCGGUCCUUUACAUCGUCCUUCUGCCCCUCCCAACGUAUAA